GUCAGUAGCUUGAUCCAGAUCAGUGUGAGAGGACCGAGAGAGAAGACAGGAUGGACAGCUCAGAGGAGGAGGGAGAGGUGUUCUUCGAUGCACUGGAUGCUUCAUUUGAUCAGGAGUUGAAGGAAACAGACUCUUCUCGAUGUGACAAGACCCCCCUGGAGAGCUUUCUGGAGGAUCUGGGAUUGGAGCAGUUCUACAAAAAGAAGCUUUCCCUCAGUCAGAUACUUCAGAUCGAUAAGAAGACCACUGACGACGAGCCUCCCAGGUGUAAAGCAGACCUCCCCUGGUAUUUCUUAAAAAAACUGAUGAUGGUGAAUGUAACAGCGAGAAAUGUGAACUGUACAUCAGAAUGUAAAUGUGGGGAGUUGGAGAACACUGGGUUCGAUCUGGACCAUCUCAUGAGCAGCUCGGACUCUGCUGACGCGCUGAACCCUCUCGACAUAGUCACUGCCCUCUUUCUGUGCUCUGAUGGUUUUGUGCAGCAGGAAUUGGCCCUGAAAAUGUCCAUGUGUCAGUUUUCUGUGCCUCUGCUGCUUCCUGCUGGUUGUGACGAUAAUCAGAGCACCCUGAUGGUGUGGGCUUUGAGAGACAUUGUCAAGAAGUACAGACCCAAAUCGCUCUCCGAAUCCAAAGGUUUCAUUGAAGACAGAAUCGUUCUGUCUGAGCUGCCCUUGAUCUCCUUUGUGAGGCUGGGUGAGUGCUCUUUGUCCAAGUCAGAGAUCCUCAACAAGCUUCUGAGCAGCUCUCAGCAGUACCACGACACCUUUGUUCACCACAACAUGGACUGUGGAGACUCUCCACGGAGGAUAUCCAAUGGACUGGCUGAAAUCACCUGGUACCUUCCCUGUGGCAAUGAAAACAUUGAUAUUUUCAGCCACCCAGUGGCUUUGGCUAACCUCAGGGGAGACAUUGCCUCUUUCGAAACACAGUUCUCCUUUCUGUGCCAAACAUCUGCAGCGGUCUUUGUGUUCUUUGACAGUCUAGACCCCGAGUGUAAACUACUGACAAACCAGAACAGCAAGGCGGAGAUUUUCUUAGUGGGCAAUCAGCAGAGCGGGAGCUUUAGCCCAGAUGCUUUAAAACAAGUAGCGGCGGGCAUGUCCUUGACAAACAACAACAUCAUUUUGAAGAAGAAGUCCAUCAAUGAAGCGGACUUUGUCGUACGUCUGAGGAAAGCAGUUACUCACGUGGUUGAGAAAACAGAGGUGAAGAUGCGAAUCGAGCAGAUGGCUGAGGUUGCCCAUGAACUGGGAAUCCUGGUGGAUGAAGACUCUGCAGAGUGCCAGGCUGCAAAGAAAAAUGCAGACAACAUCACUGCGGAAAUCAAAGACAUCCUGAAAUACAAAGAAGACCAACUACCAUUGCAAGGCCAAAUAUGGAAAGAUUUGACUUCCUUGGAGAAGGAAGAAGUUCGACUGCGACAGGUCGGAGAUCAAAAGAUAGAAGAGUACAAAAGUGACCUGCAGCUGCAGAAAAAUGAACUGCGAAAGAAACAAAACUCCUAUGAAACUUCCACAGCGAUGACGUCCUUUAUCAGCGCACUGUCAAGCCACGCUCUGGAGAGAUGCUUUUUUCUAAAGUGGAUGCGAAUCAACCUUGACAACAUGUCCCGCAUAAAACUGUCUGGACUGAGGGAGCAGUACAAAGAAAAGAGCAAGAACGCUGAGAACAAUGAAGAGAUCAGGGAAAUCGACCGACAGCUCUCCAGCAGUUCACUGGGCACCGAACACUUCUUCCGCGAGAUGGGUCAGAUCUACGAAGCUUCACGCGCUCUUCCAGAAACUCAUUCAUCACGGGAACAGUUCGAUCACCUGCCCAAACUCUGUGCACAGCUGCUACUGGACGGAUUCCCCCUGGAGCUUGUAGACGGAGACGCCUCUAACAUCCCCCUGAGCUGGGUCAGUGAUGUUCUCUCUCAGCUCAAUGGCUUGGUCGGGCCUAAGAACAGGAUCCUGGUCGUUACGGUUCUGGGAGUUCAGAGCACGGGGAAGUCCACUCUCCUGAACACCAUGUUCGGAGUGCAGUUCGCGGUCAGCAGCGGUCGAUGCACUCGCGGUGCCUUCAUGCUGCUCAUCAGGGUUGAUGAAGAGCUCAAAGAAGAGCUGGACUGUGAUUUCAUGAUGAUCAUUGACACCGAAGGCUUGAAGUCUCCAGAACUCACCCAGCUGGACAACAGCUACGAACACGACAACGAGCUGGCCACGCUUGUCGUGGGCCUGAGCGACGUCACGAUCAUCAACAUUGCAAUGGAGAAUUCAACAGAAAUGAAGGACAUCCUCCAGAUAGUCGUGCAUGCCUUCCUCCGGAUGAAGGAAGUGGGCAAAAAGCCAAAAUGUUACUUUGUUCACCAAAACGUUUCCGAUGUUUCAGCCCAUGAGAAGAACUUACGAGAUCGGAAGCUGCUCUUCCAACAGUUGAACGAGAUGACGCAGGCGGCAGCCAGAAUGGAAAAGAAAGAACAGAACAAGAGCUUCACUGACGUGAUGGCCUACGAUCCCGACACUGGCAACUGCUACAUCCCUGGUCUCUGGACUGGAAACCCCCCGAUGGCACCCGUCAACACGGGAUACAGCGAGGCCGUCUACGAGCUGAAGAAAAACAUCGUCCAGCUCCUGGGAAACACCGAUUCCUCUCUCAACAACGUGUUGGAGUUUAAAGAAUGGAUGACAAGUCUGUGGAAUGCAGUGAAGCAUGAAAACUUUCUCUUCAGCUUCAGAAACAGCCUCGUGGCGGACGCCUACGUGAGGCUCUGCACGGAAUUCAAAAAGUGGGAAUGGGAGUUCAAGAAAGAAAUGUACGACUGGGUCACAAAUGCAGAAACACAGAUUUCCAAUUUUGGUACUCUCGCUGCAAAAUCACCAAUAUCUGACUUGGCAGAAUUUCACAGUUAUUUGAAAAGUGAAGCUGUCAUAGUGAUGUCUGACUGGGAGUCCAAGCUACUGGACAAUGUAACUCGGUACUUCAAGCAAACAGGCGGCCACGUCUAUCUGGUUGUAGGAUACAAAGAAGAGUUUGCAAACAGUGCAAGAAGCCUUCGAAAGCAAACGGAGAGGUCUGUACUCGAUCAGCUCCAGGCAGCGGUGGACAUCAAGCAGGGCAUGGCGACGCUCGACAGAAUUAAGGAAAACCACACCAAGGAAAUAGAAAAAGCAGUGUGCAAGCUGAUUGACGUGUGUCGAAAGAAGAAGGUUCAGAUGAGCGACGGCGAGCUCGAGGUGAAAUUCGACAAGAUGUGGACUGAAACACUGAGCAAACUGUCUUUUCCUAAACAAAUGGUGACAGAUGUCUUUGCAAAUGUUACUCAGCAUUUGCGAGCAAAUCUGGCUCACAGGGGAAGUCAGGCGCAUCAAAUGUUCCACAAGAAAAGCCUGAAAGAUUGUGGGAAGGAGCCAUUUAAAUAUAAAGCAGAAGGAUUAUUCAGGAAAAUGUUGAACUAUUUCAAUAUUGAAAAGCACACCAAAAUCAUGCAAGAAAAUGCCGACUUCAUCAUCGAAACUUGUGCAAAAUAUGUGGAUGAAAAGCAAAACCAAAAAAACAAUUACCAUGACACGUACAUUGAAGAGAUCCUCCAGAUCAUCGACCAGCAUCUGGAAACAAACGGAGAGCUCAAGAAGGACACAGAGUUUGAAGUUUCUCUGAAACUGCACAUCUGUGGAUUCGUAGCCAGAAAGUUUCAGAAGAUGCACGAAGAUUUCCUACAACAAAAAGAUCCUCACAGAUGUCUUCUGAAGUACAAAGCAAAGUUCUGCGCUGAUUUCAAAGAUGUGUUUCAUGAACGAGAUCAGUGCCAGAAGAAAGCCGAAGAGUUUGUCAACAAAUGCCUGAAGCCUGCUGUUGAGCAGUUCGUCAAUAGUCACAUGGGUCUCUCUAUCGUGGACGAAAUGCUGAAGAAGAGCGAGUUCAGCACACGAGUGGAAUUCCAGUACUGCAUUCUACUGGAUUUGCUUUUAGAGCAAAACUUCAGUGACUACUUGAGAUUCACUUCCUCCUACGAGAGCUUCGUCAAGAACUGGAUCCUCCAAAAAAUACAGGAACAUUUUUCAAGUUCCUCCACGACAUUUGAGUUUGAGAACCGACAUCUGGAGAAAAGUGUCAGCCACAUCAACGACGCCAUCCAGACGGCCAAAACACAAAGCAGAGAGAACGUGCAAACUCUUGUGGAGGACAUCUGCAGGGGGCUUGGUGAUAAACUGGUCAUAUCCCAUGAUGCUCUUGGAGCGUUUAUGAUCCUGAACAACGCCGACCAGGACAAGUUUGCAGACUCACUCACGGUUUCUGUGAAGGACAUGAUGGAAACUCUGAGAGAGGAGUUCAGAAGCUCGACCUUUGAGGACAAACUGCAGCGUCUCCACCUGCAGCCUCAGAACGAGCUCUUCAAGAGGGUGAUCGGAUGUGGCAGGCAGUGUCCGUUCUGCGGCGUUCCCUGCGAGGCUGGAGGAGCAGCUCAUACCCAGCACCGGGCUUCGCUACACCGGCCACAGGGUCUGGGUAGAUACCGGGGGAUUUACACAGAAAAACUCUGCACUGACAUCUGCUCGUCUUCUGUCGUAAGUGACAUUUGCUUUAUUUGUCCUGAAACAAACAAUAAAAGGCAUCCUUACAAACGAUACAGGGAAAUCUUCCCCAACUGGGAUAUUCUUCCAGAUGGAAGUCUUCAAGCUUCAGACUACUGGAAGUACAUCAUGACCAAAUACAAUCAUAACUUUGCUAAAAAGUAUUUUGCAAAGCCUGCUGACAUUCCUCAAACUUGGAGAAAGAUCACAUAUCAGCAGGCAGAAGAAAGCCUUAAAAAGUCUUUUUACAUGCAAUGAGACUUUAAUUUUCUUCACUUCCUGUGACUGUAGAGCGACAUCCUUUGAACUAGUCACCAUCAUAUUCUCUUAGAUCCGACUCUUAUCGAAGAAAAUUCCCAGUAACUUUCUCCUGAAUGACAGAAACACCAUCAGAGCACAGAGGUACUUUGUUUAAUCAGCUUUUGCAACGAUGUGAUCACCAUUAUCUUGAUCACUUUUCCUGUAUGGCUAUAUUUCAUGAUUAUUUUGAUUAAGAAACAUUAAAAUGUCCUUGUCCAUUUUCAGAACAUGUUGAAUGUUAGUUUGAACCAUCUUUUGUUGCUUUUCUGGUUUUGGUGGGUGAUGUUAUCAUGAUACUGGAAAAAAAAAUCAGUUUUAAUGAAGUUAGUGACGUGUGAUCUGUUUUUAUUUUCUUAUUUUAAUCACCGUGAUAAAAAGUGUGUGUGUGUUUUCAUACCUUUGAGGAUGUAAAGUUUCAUUCAGCUGAUUUAUUGCAUCCUCAACAUGUUUGGAUGAUUUGGACUUCAUGCUGAGAAUUUAAUUUGCGUUCAUUUGUGUUUCACUCUGAAGUACUUUAGAAACGUUUAAUCAAGGCUCAAAAAUAAAGGUGGAAUGUGGUAGAAUCCAUGAACUCACAAUGUCAGAGUGAAAAUCUGAAUCUUGUUGAUUUUAAAUGUUUUGGCCUUAAUUCGAUAUGGUAGUACAGAAUCAUAUGUCAGAAUGAAUAAAGAGACAAGACGAGCA